AUGGGCCUGUUCACAUCGUUGCUCUGCUGCACUUUGGACGCCAAAGACGACUCCGAAGACAAGGACCACAAAAGCAGUUCCAGGGGCGCCAACUCGCCUGCCAGCCCCAAAUCACCCGCAUCCAAGUCGUCCAACAAGCCUGCCGCCUCGUCGAGCCGGCCCGAGCUGCCUGCGGAAAACUCAAAGCCAAAGGAUAAAGCGGUGCCGCUGAAGGAAGCAGCCGCCGAACAAAAUAACAAAAACGGCAAGAAGGACUUGCUAGACGACGAAAAUUCCGUUAACGAGACGGAUACCAUCACAAACACCAACGAGGAGCUGAAUCCAACCCCAACGCUAAAUACGAACACCCAGCUGCCGCCAAUGGGGGAGAACCCGAUUCUGAAUAUCCGUCCUGAGGACGAAGCACAACAGGCUCAGAUGGAGGCACAGAUUGCCGCAGAUGUCCAGGAGCAGCUCAGCAAUUCGAGUGACCCGGAGUCGGAGUUCGAUUUGACCAAAUUGCAAGAGGGCCAGGCUUUCAACCCAGAAACAGGGUUUCUUUUGGGCCGCAAAAACACUAAAAAGUUCGGCAACAAAAAAUGUCUCAUUUUGGAUUUGGACGAAACAUUGGUGCAUUCUUCAUUCAAGUAUUUGAGAACGGCUGAUUUUGUCAUCCCCGUUGAAAUUGACAACCAGGUCCACCACGUGUAUGUCAUCAAAAGACCUGGAGUGGACGAGUUCUUGGAGAAAGUGGGCAAGUGGUUUGAAGUGGUCGUAUUCACAGCUUCUGUUUCGAAGUAUGGUGAUCCUUUGCUCAACAAGUUAGAUAUCCACCGCUCAGUGCACCACAGGUUGUUUCGAGACUCAUGCUACAACUACCAAGGAAACUUCAUCAAGAACUUGUCUCAGAUCGGACGUCCUCUCAGCGAGUGUAUCAUCAUAGACAACUCCCCGGCAUCGUAUAUUUUCCAUCCAGAGCACUCGAUACCAAUAUCCAGUUGGUUCAGUGACACCCACGACAACGAGUUGUUGGAUUUGCUUCCAUUUUUGGAGGACAUCUCCAAGCCCAACGUGGACGACGUGAGCAAGGUGCUCGACAUUGGGUUGUGA